AUGGAUGUCAGAUCCAUAUUUCGUAAUACAGAACAACUGUAUGGCGAGCAACCGCAACAAAUGAAGUACGCGGCGUCUAGGAAUUUGUUCCAGACGAAAAUGACUAUGGGAUCUUCUGUUAGGGACCACGUCCUCAAAAUGAUCGCCUAUGUCAAUGAGCUUGAACUUUUGAACACAGGCCUAGAUGCAAAUAGAUAUACAAAUAUCAUUCUGCAGUCCUUAACACCAGCCUACUCCCGAUUCAUAUCACAGUUCUUGAUGAAGGAUCUGGAGCCCACUCUUCCUGCCUUGCUUAAUUUGUUAAGACAAGAGGAGAGUUCUAUGAAAAAGGGACAAACACCAGCCUUGGUUAUAGGAAAAUCUUUUUCCACUUCUAGCAAACUGGUUGCCAAGAAAAAGGGAAUGAAGAAAACUAUUAAACCAAAGAAAGGUGUUAAGAAGGGUGUCAAGAAGGACAAAGGGAAGGCAAAAAUGAUGACUGCAGAAUGCUUCCAUUGUCACAAGUCAGGACACUAG